CUGCACAUUUCUUUACACUGUCACACACGAUACUGAAACAGGAGUGACUGUGUGCUCAAGGUUUUCUCUACUCUUUGAGGAGGAAACUGUAGCACCAUGGGUGUGUUAUCUACUCUGAUGAGGGGUCUGGUGAGAGGAGCGGACAGGAUGUCUGAGUUCACCAGCAAGCGAGGAUCAAGGACUCAUAAUAAAGGCAGGGGCGCGAGGCCCACUGGACUGAAUCUCUCUAGCAGAAAGUUUCUGGCCAUAAGAGCCAUGAUUCCUGAGUUUGUGGUGCCCAACCUGGAGGGAUUCAAGCUGAAGCCCUACGUCUCGUAUCGCUCACCCAGGGGAAUGGAGCCUCCACUCACAGCACAGAGCGUGUUUGCUGAGGUGGUGGCCCCUCAGAUCAAGAAAGACUUUGAAGAUGGCACCUUUAGCAAAGAGCAGCUGGAGAAAUAUGGAUUUGAGCCCACACAAGAAGGGAAGCUCUUCAAGCUCUAUCCCAAGAACUAUGUGCGUUAAAGACACACUCUUGUUGUAAUGUAUUCACAAGUGAAGGCACAGGUUUCUGAUCAACUGGACAUAAAGCUGCAGAUCCACAUGUGACACUUUGAGGAGACGCAUCACAAAAAAGGCUGGCCUUUCGGUUCAGAAAACCAGUUUCCUUCAUGUCGUUGAUUUCUGUUACUUAAGAAUAAACCUGAGAUCAAUGUCACAGAAUUGUUCAUUCAUUAUUGCAUUUUUAUCAGCUGGGUUUGAGUUGAUCAGCAUUUACAUGUGGGUUGCAGGUUUACAAAUGAGCGUGAUUGUUCAGAAGGGUUUUUGUUUGUUUCUCUGAACUUCUUAAUAAAAAAACAACUGUUCACUAGUGACAAAGUUGAGAUAUACACAG